UUUUACUUUUGGCUGACUGAACCCGUUUAAGUCCGACUUCGUGCGCCCAGUGUCAUUUGUGAACUGAAGUGAUAUUGACGAAACUAUGUUGUCUAGUUGAGCUCCUAAGAUUGCCAGUUAUCCUUGGAAAAAGUCCAGCCGUGGAAGUCAUGGAUUCACCUAAAGCAGAAACAGGAUUCCUAGAUAAGGUCUCACUGUACGCCCCUCCGACGGAAAUCGAGUCCCAAGCCACGAAUUCCGCUCCAAAAGAUGGCGAACAGUUGAUCGAAAAUGGGAUUAAUACCCAAGAUCUGAUUGUUAAAAGCAAUGUAUUCGAGGAUCCCACUAUACGCAUGGGAUUCGUCCGAAAGGUUUUUGGAAUCCUUUUGGUUCAAUUACUAUUCACAUUGGCUGUGAUAGCAAUAUUUGCUUACCACCAACCCACCAAGGACUUCAUACAGGAAAAUUUCCUCUUAGUUUUGGUCGCCAUGAUCGUUAACGUAAUCGUUCUAACCACAAUCGUUUGUGUGGAGAACGUGCGGCGAAGGCAUCCCGUCAAUCUGAUUUGCCUGGCUCUUUAUACCUUCACCAUGUCGCUGCUCCUGGGAACCGCAGCGAGCCUAAUGGAUUCCAACGUUGUAAUCUCGGCCGUGGGUAUUACCACAGUCCUUGUCAUCGCUCUUUGCAUCUACGCCGUGCAAACCAAGUACGAUUACACAGCUGCGGGAGGGGUUAUAUUAACCUUUGUGAUGAUCCUCCUCGUCCUAUCAGUGUGCGGUUUUUGGAUGCCCGAUUUCGUAGACAGCUUGCCAAUAACUUGCCUAUGCACUUUUAUUGGCUGCUUUUUUUUAAUCGUCGAUAUGCAGUCGAUAGUGGGCGGCAAUCGUUCGGAACAGUUGGAUCCCGAGGAAUACGUGUUUGCAGCUCUCACUCUGUAUGUCGAUGUGGUUCGCAUAUUCAUUUAUAUCCUUCGAAUUUUAGAGAAAUUUUAUUAGUGGAACUAAUCCUAGUCACAGCUCUUGAAAACAACGUAAGCCUUUC